AUGGCUGCGGAUCGGGCGCUCCCGCGGCGGCUGCUGCUCCCCCUCGUGCUGGCCGCGGCUCUGAUCUUCCCGGAGGCAGGUGCCCUCAACAUCUCCAUUCGUCCUGUUGACAAAAUAACAGUUUCAGUAAAGCCUGGACCUUCUACUCAAGCAGAAGAAUUGUGCAAGAUGUGUGCAGGGAGCGACUGCUUUUCUGAACGGAAAAUACAAUCUGGGGAGCAGUUUAAUUUUUCUUUUAGAUGUCCCACACCAGAAAAAUAUUGGGUCUUGGUAAUUGAGAGGUACAUAGAUUGUAUGUCAAGACACUGCCCCUUUGAAGAUGUUCUUCUUCAGCCCUCAGGAUUACCUAAUCUUAACAGAACAUUCAUUUGGGAUGUUAAAGCUGGUAGAAAAGACGCACUAGUACUGAAGUUUGCGACAUGGCUAAGACAAGUGGAACCUGAAGACGCUUGCCAUGAUCAAGUCAUUUAUAAAAUCGGCAGUCGCUUUGCUGCCAACACAGUCAAUAUUGGAUUUUUCUGUAGAAAUGGUUCCGUUUCCCGGGUGAAGGUGCAAGGGGAAGUAAUCAUGACACUAGAGCUUCCUUGGGAUUCAAAACUCAACACUUCCGGCUUCAAGAUAGAAAGCAGGGAUUCCAUUAAAAGAUUGUGCAUUAUAGAAUCAACGUUUUUGACUGAAUCAUCUGCAACCUUGAUGUCUGCCAACUAUCCCUUGGGCUUCCCAGAAGAUGAGCUCAUGACGUGGCAGUUUAUUGUUCCACCUGCUUUGAGAGCCGACGUCUUCUUCCUCAAAUACAACAAAUCAAUUUGUGAACGGAAAGAACAGAGACUGGAGUACUUCUUACCUGGAAUAGAUAACCCUGUGGUGUAUUCACUGGAAGUAAGACAACCAGUGGAUGUUCCUGGUAACUUUAACCUUUCCUUGCAAGGCUGUGAUCAAGAUGAUAGGGACCCUGGAGUUCUUCGCCUGCUUUUUAAAGUUGAUGUUCACUACCCUAUACAUGAAGAAAAUACAUCCUUCACCGUUGACCUUAGAAAAGAGGACAUGAAUGUUACAGUUUAUUCAGAAUCUCUGCAAUCUGGAUCCCAUUCAGCGAAUAAACCUGCCUGCUCAAUCUGCACAAGUCCUAGACACUGCGGGCUUAAUGUGACAUUAGCAUCUGGUGACAUAGCUUCGAUAAUCAUUCUGUGCCACAAAAAUGAUAUAUCCAGCAAUGUAAAGAUGAUUGCUGAAAAAUCUAUAGCCUGUCGGAAUUCCAGGAUUUGUCAAAAUAGAGAGUUUCCUCUACGUGUACCGAAGGCGCUUCUCGGGCUGCCAGUCCCACUUCACAUGUUCAUCUGGAGACUUACAGCACCUACUGACACCAACAUAGAACUGAGGGCUCCAAACUUGAAACUACAGCAACAUAUGCCCAAACAACAAUAUAUAUGCAGUGGAAGUUACAGUUAUGCCAUUAAUGGGACCACUCCAGGGAAGACCUUAACUUUUGGUAUAUACUGUCCAGGGGGAGCCAUUGAAAAAAUUCAGAUCAGAAACAACGUCAGCGUAAGCCUGAAGACAUUUGGGAAAAAGUUCAAUGAUGAUGCUCAGAAUCAGGAUCUGAAGUUGGUUUUUGUGCCAGAAAUGAAAGAAGAUUGCAUUUUCACAGUUACCCCAGCUCCAAAAUCCAAAAUUUACUUAGAGACCCCUAACUGGGUAGAUGGUCUGCCUUCCUACAUGAAUGUCUACUGGAACAUCAGUGUCCCACAGAAGAAUAUUGCACAGCUUCAGUUCUUAUCUGGCUGGAAUGAUCUUACCUGUGACAAGGCAUGGGCUUAUGUCUAUGUUAAAGAGCAGAGACCAAAUGGAGAAGAAAUCUCAUGCCGUAAUGAUGAAUCGCUGCCAAAGGUUCCACAUAUGCGUCAUAAUUUCUGGGUCAACAUAAGUAACUGUAAACCAUCUCCUCAGAAAUUACUGUCCAUGCAGUUCGCAGUGACAAUUACUGACAAAAAAUCAGGUUUGGCUGUCAUCAUUGGCGUGGUGGCUGGUGUGCUUGCGGUGCUCAUAGUUAUUGGGCUUGCUGUAUGCUGCGUUAAGAAAAAGAAGAAAAAGGGAAAUCCCCCAACCCCAAUGGUGGGAAUAUAUAACGCCAAUGUCAACACUCAGCUCCCCACAAAACCAGGUGUAUUCAAAAAGGGAAGGAAGAACAAUGAGUCUCAUGUCUAUGCAGUCAUUGAUGACACCAUGGUUUACGGGCACUUGCUGGAUAACUUGAGUGGACCUAGAAAUGCUGAGAUAGGUGUGUACCAGCCUUUUACUGGUGCCACGAGCCCUAAGCCUCCAUCUCCACCUCCAAUCUCAUCUUUCAGGAAAAUGUCCAAACUAUCUACGACUGAGGAGUCCUCUUCACCGAUGACUGACAAUGAGACAUAUGCCUUCACACAUCGUGCUCUGGAGCCACUUAAGAGCAAUGGUGACGCACAUGUUAGUGGCAAUGGAGAGGUGGACACAUCUUUACGUGGAAAAAGGGAACUGGAAAACUCAGUGUUAUAACCAUGAUACAAAAUCUAUGACUUUUUGGGGAAAUAGAAGGAACUAUGGUUGACACGCAUCUGUAUCUUUUUUUCCUUUAAAAGGAAUAUUUUUAGAGCCUAUUUUUAUACAGUUUCCUUUGUAAAACGUUACUGUGGCUCAGGUCAGUACAUUACUCAGAAUUUUGAACAUAGAAAGGAAUGGCAAAGAUGCAUUUUGAACUUUUAUUAUAAGAAGACUUUCAAAACAAAGCUACUGGAUAGUAAAUGAACCAGGAAAAUUGCAUUGCCAAAAAGCACCUGUUGAUUUCUUUGGCUUUUGAAGAUGGACUAACAUUGAUUUGAAGAUUCCAGCCGUGCCGCAGAAGAAAUACUCAUGGGGGGAAAUGGCAUAACUUGAAGAAGGCUUUCUAAAUUUAGAGAAGAUGACUUUUGUUGAUGACGUAGCCCCAAGUUGUGGAUGACCGAGGAUUACACCAGAAUAGACAUCUGGGCAACAAAAUAAAAAUGAUGGUUGUGUUUGAAAAUAACAAUUCCCCACCCAAUCGGUUGUGUAAUAUAUGUACAAUAAAAUAUUUUAUUUG